UAUUAAAAGUUGUAUUCUGUAGCUUUUCGUGCGAACCCCGACGACGAAAUCAUUCCAUCCAGCCGUCGAAGCCAUGUUCUCGGGGGUUUGGGAUUGUGAUUUUGUAUAAAUCUCUAAAGUUAAUGUGCCAACAACAAUACAAAACAAAGAAAACGUUACGAGCUGACUGCAAAGCUGCUUCAAGGAUCUGCCGAGCCCGCAUUAUCUGUGAUAUACAGCUCAGCCUCUCGUCCGUCCUAUAAGGGCUGGGCCACUCGGGGCUAGCAGGCGAGUCCGUAGCAGCUUCCAGCGGUGAUCUCACCCUGCCCUCUGUCACAGAGGCACUAAACACUGCUACCUGCUUAAUUGACUGCAUCACUACGAACCAUUGUUACUUAGUCUGUAAUUGAAACAAUAUGCAAGUCUGUGAACUUAAAUGCUAGGUGGAUAUUGUAGCAAAUUAUUUAUAAUAAUUGUCUGAUGUCUAAUGUUUCUGUAAUAUUAUGUGUUCCGUAUCUAAUUAAGUAUAAUUGUUACUCCAGUAUAAACUGUUACCGAACCAAUGCAAUGUAAACACUCCACCUAGAUGCUGGUGGUAAUCACAAAAAAAUUGGUGCUCUUGAGCGAGUCUAUAAGGAGAAUGAGAGUCAAGUUAUUGUAAAAAUGUUAGAUAUUAAUAAUAUUUAUAAUGUAGAAUUUGUUGAUAGGAUCCAGCAAAACCAAAAGAUUGGCGAAACGCCUAACUACUGCAUUCCUUUAAUAAAUAACGCCAUAACAGUCCAGGGUAUCUCAUACAGUGACCCGUAUUUCUGUAGCUUUAACGUAAAGUGUAAGAUGGCAUACCGAGCGCCGGAGAAUAUGAACAAGUCUGAUUACGCUUUUAAUUCCUCUGUUUGUGUUAUACGACAUGAGCCUUGUAAGUCGCAACUAAUAAACGAAAAGUCUGCUCAUAAUAUUAUAUGCAAAACGAAAUCUCGAAUGAUUUGUAUUACUCACAAAGACGAGCCAUCGAGGGAGUAUCAUGACAAUAAAAUUGGUGAAAACUUGAGAGAGUUUGAUAAUGGUGAUCUCACUUUCGAUGCAAUGUUGGAACUCACGAAAAACGAAGAGCGAAUAAUCAAAAGUAUGAAGAAGGAGGAGCUGGAUAGCUGGGGUGUGCCCCGUCGCCUGCGUCUCUGCGGCGGUGGCGAGAGCUCGCUCAACGCGGCCACCGGCUGGGGCAGCCCGCCCGCCUCCAAUAAUACGGGAAAUUGGGGCGGCAACUCCAGUGGCCAAACAAAUUCAUCUAAUAAUACUCAACAAUGGAAUAAUACAGCCCAACGCCCGCCUACGUCUCAAGCAGACAUGAAUAGCAACAAGGGAAAUGAUAAUCAAAUGCCGCCUACCAGCGCAGCCUCAGCACAGAAUUGGCAAAGUUCCACACAAAACAUGCCAAAUUCUCAGCCCAAUAACAACGGUGCACCUGCAAAUAAUGGCACUAUUAAUGCUGCAAAUGGUAGCAACGGUGGCGGAAAUCCCUCUAAUCCAACUGGGAAUGCCAAUGGACCGUCUCCUGGAAAUGGCAAUAAUGGCAACGCUAUGACUGGUUCAUCUGCUAAGAUAGAGCAGCUUAAUUUCAUGAGGGAAGUUUUGUACAGCCAAGAUGGUUGGGGAGGUCAACACGUUAAUCAAGAUACCAACUGGGAUGUACCUGGAUCUCCUGAACCAGGUUCGAAGAUCGAACCCAACGCGAGCGGUCCGCCAGCUUGGAAACCGAACGUAAACAACGGCGCCUUCCUCGGUACGGAUCUCUGGGAAGCUAAUUUACGGAACGGAGGUCAACCACCUCCGCAGCCCGCGACUAAGACUCCGUGGGGUCAUACUCCCACUACCAAUAUCGGUGGUACAUGGGGCGAAGACGACGACAACGCCGACUCCGCUAAUGUCUGGACUGGACCCCCGCCACCGCAGCAGUGGCCGGCCGGGCCUCCUCAGCACGCCCAGCAGUGGGGCGUGCCGAAGAAGGACGACUGGAAUGCGUGGGGUGAGCCGCACCGGCCCGCCGACCCCCGGCUCGACCCGCACCGCACCCCCGACCUACGCCAGCAGCCGGCUGACCCGCGGCACGACCUGCGCGGUGGCAUCUCGGGCCGACUCAACGGCGACAUGUGGAGCCAGCAUCAUCAGCACGCCGGCGGUCCCAACAAGAUGAUGCCCGCCGGGGCCGUAAACCAGUGGGGUGCGCAGGGUCCCAAGGAUGCGAUGAAGGGUUCCGGAUGGGAGGAGCCGUCACCGCCGGCCGCGCGGCGCGCUGCCGCCGGCUUCGACGACGGCACAUCGUUGUGGGCGCAGCGCGCCGGUAUGGGAGGCAUGGCAGCACGAGGUGCGCCAGCCGGCCCGCCGGUGCCGCAGCGCAUGCCGCCUACGCCCACCAAGCCCGAGGGCGGCGUGUGGGCGGCGCACGCGCAGCGCAACGGCACCUGGGAGGAGGCUCACGCGCCCGCUUGGCCUGAGCGCGACGCCCCCGCCUGGCCCGAUGCUGCACCUGGCCCUGGCCUCUGGUCCGUGCCUAAACCCAAGCCCAACGGGCCUGGGGGCUGGCCCGAGGACAUCGGCGAGUGGGGCGGCCCCAAGCCGCCACAGGCCACCGGCCCGCUCGGCAAGCAGUUGCCUAAGGAGUUCGUCUGGAGCAGCAAACAAUUUAGAGUACUGGUCGAGAUGGGAUUCAAGAAAGAAGACGUGGAAGCAGCUCUCCGUAGCCGUGAAAUGAACGCCGAGGAAGCUUUGGAAAUAUUGACCAGUGCUCGUAGCGAACAGUGGAGGCGGGACGAACAGUUCGCCGGUCACCACGGGCCCUUCCAGCCGCCGCCUACUGUGCCCGCAGUGUCACCUGCCGUUGUGCAGAAGCUGCUUAAUCAACCACCCCCUCAAGCUGUACAGCAACAUCAUCACUCUUAUCCUAACAGUGGUACUGGCAGUGGUCAACCAAGUGCUGCACAACUACGCAUGUUAGUGCAGCAGAUACAAAUGGCAGUGUCCGCUGGUUACCUUAAUCAUCAGAUUUUGAAUCAGCCGCUGGCGUCGCAAACCCUUGUUCUUUUAAAUCAACUGCUGCAACAAAUCAAAGUUCUUCAGCAGCUGACACAGAGCUCACUGGCCAUGCCUAAAGGAAAUUCAACACUAGCAUUGCAAUAUUCAAUGCAAAUAUCGAAGUCGAAACAACAAAUUGCCGCUCUCCAGAAUCAAAUAGCGACACAGCAAGCCCUAUUCAUGAAACAACAAGCUGGUGGUGGGGAUUUGUUCAAGUCCAGUCAUGAUCCUCUAGCCCAGUUGCAGAAUAAUUUCAGUGAUAUGAGCAUUACUAAGGAUUCACAAGCGGCAUAUGGUGCAAGUGGCAAUCAACAGUCACGUCUUAACCAGUGGAAAUUGCCAUCCCUAGACAAAGAUGGUGAGGGUUCCGAAUUCAGCCGCGCCCCAGGCACCGCUAAGUCUACCACUAGUCCACAACUGAACCAACUCGGUCUACAACCUGACUCUACAUGGGGAGUGGGCCGAGGUGCCGAAGGCUGGGGCGACAGUGGAGCUGACGUCGCCGACGGCAAGGACGCGUGGCCGUCACACGCCACGCACCCUCCCGUGUACGAUCUGGUGCCGGAGUUCGAGCCCGGCAAGCCCUGGAAGGGCAACCAGAUGAAGAGCACCGAGGAGGACCCGGCCAUGACGCCGGGGUCGGUGGUGCGGUCGCCGCUGUCACUGGCCGCGAUCAAGGACACAGACAUGCUCGGUGGGAAGACGUCACCGCCGGGUGAGAGGAUGCUGUCAUCGUCGACGUGGAGUUACGCUCCGCCAGCAACUAGUGCGGGCGGCGCGGCGGCCGUGGGCGGCAGCAAGCCGCCUGUGGAUGCGUGGGGCGGGGCCAAGCCUCGUCCCGCACCGCCCGGCCUCAACAAGCCCUGGCCACAGCACCAUGCGCCACCUCAGCGGGUGCCCACCUGGCAGGCCUCCACUUGGCUGCUGCUCAAGAACCUCACUGCACAGAUUGAUGGAUCGACUUUGAAGACGUUGUGUGUACAGCACGGUCCUUUGCAAAACUUCCAUUUAUAUUUGAACCAGGGAUUCGCUCUCGCCCGCUACUCUACUCGCGAGGAGGCGGCUAAGGCCCAGAUGGCGCUAAACAACUGCGUGCUUAGCAACACGACCAUCUUCGCGGAGUCGCCGGCGGAGUCGGAGGUGCAGAUGAUCCUGCAGCACCUGGGCAACGGCGGCGGCGGCGGGUGGCGCGGCGGCGGCGGUAAGGACGGCUGGGGCGCGUUCCCCGGCCUGUGGCCCGACCAGCACGACCAGCGCGCCACUCCGUCCUCGCUCAACUCGUUCCUGCCGCCCGACCUGCUCGGCGGCGAGUCCAUCUAAGUCUGCGGCCCCACCGCGCACCGCGCGCAUCAUUCGUCUUACAGUAUUCGAAUCUAGUAUUUAAGGCGUCAGACGUAUACGAGUCGAGCUAUAAGCCGAGUGAUGGCCGCGCAUCGCAUCUCGCUCUGUCGGGACGCUAGCCCCCUUCGAAUUUUGCCUAUUCGAAUCGGUGAUAUAUUGACAAUGAAGGUUGGACGAGUCGCGAUUUCCGAAUCGAAUGUGGUACGUGUUAAAUUGUAAUUACGCUUUAUGGUCCCCCGUAAGGGGAUAGACUAAUUUUAUUCGCCUAGUCAGAUCGUGACGGACGGACGCAUUGCGUCGCGUCUCGGCGCGGUCGCGAUAGCCAACUGUCCACGAUACUUAUUAUCCACUGUGUUGUAAGUGUUCAGCUUAGUGUAUUUAGUGUACAUAAAAUUAUACAUAUACAAAUCCAGACAUAUAAUGUGUAACGAAUUGUGUAUUAUUUAAUAAUAUAUAGACGUAGGUGAGGGAUGGCGACCGGCGAGGCCGACGCGGCCGCGAGUGAGACACGCGUCCGCGUGCGCCGCCCUUCGCCAUCGUACGAGUAUUCGUAUUCGAUUUAACGGAUGAACGCAAUGGUUCGCUCCUUUAAACCUACCAAAUAAAAAUAGCUGUCGAAGUAGAGUAGUUGCGUCGCGGGCUACCUCAGUCACUCGUCCCGUGGCCUUAUUUUAGUGUGUAUUUAUUUUGUUGCGCUCGUGGGCUGUUGCUGUUUCGCCCGUCGAGCGAUUCGUUUCGAUUUUCUUUGGAGUCGUUUUUAUUAAUUAUAUCGUUUUCUCAAUACUGAUGUAUUAUAAAUAUUAUUUAUUCUGUUUUUGAAUUCUCACUCGUAAUGAGCUUUUCGUUUUCCAUUAGUGAUAUUUUUAUCCAGCAAUAAACGACAAAGUAAACAAGUAAACAAAGUGCAUUUUGGUGAGUUUAUAAAUAUAACAAAAUUGAAAAUUAUGAGAUUUAAAGUGCAUUCUUGUAGUGGUAAAUUACUUUUAAGCCGUAUAGUCUGAGGUGGAAAUAAGUAUAUAUAAAAUAUACGUUGGGAGCGUGCGGCGCCGGCGCUUUCGCAUCACGUCGUCGGUGCGGGUCGCGACUGCCGGCAGGCAGCGUGUCCGCACGGUCGGCCUCGCCCGGCCCGGCUCGGUCCGGCCCUGGUCCGGCCCUGGGCCGGCUUCGGGCGGCCGGGUCCGGAUUCGGAGCACGAGUACGGGACGGGGCGCGCGCUCCAUUGCAAUCCAGUAAUCCUGUGAUGUAUAAUAUCUUGCCUAAUAUAAGAAUAAUCUAUUUUGUUGGAGAGUAUCAUAUUAGAGCGAGUCGCCGGUAGUCGGCCUCCGUUGAUGCUGAUGUUUCCCCAAAUUAUUUCCAGUAUUUGUGAUUCAAGUGCCACUUUAUGUUUAAUAUAUGAAUCGAUUAUCUAGAAUAUACGAUUAAUAUAAGGGUAUUCUAAUAUAUUAAAUUGAAAAUUGUUUUAUCAUUUUAUAUUACAUACAUUUGUGAGACGUCUUCUUAUAAAUAAAUAAAAUAAUAAAGCUAUGACCGUAAUUUAAAAUAUUACACUUUUGUGUAUAGGUAAGAAUAAAGUUCUAACUUAAAUUUAGCCAUAUCAUAUCUAUUUAAUAAAAGAUUUGUGGUAUUUUCUAUAGGCUCAAUUUAAACGUUAUUCAAAGCGACAUGCUUUAGAUAUUCUGUUAAUAAUAUACUUGUAGUCGUAGGAUCUGUGUCGGUAUUAUAAUACUUCAACGUAGUUGUAAGUUUACACUUAAGAGCCCUAUUAUAGGUUUAUAUAAGCAUAUUACUUAAAAUUUAUGGCAACGAUGACAUGAGCGUUAUAUGAUAAAGUUUAUUUACAUUUUUAUUUACUUUUAAUUUAUUAAUGGUGUGCCACAGAGAUACUCUGCCAAAAUUAAUCAUUACCAUAUAUUACGGGAUUAGCUAAGAUGAGGCGAGGUGUCGGUUAGGUCGCAUAGGGGUCGGGCUCGCGCGUGGCGAUCGAGCGGGAGAGAGAUAUUAGGGUAAUAGGCUUAGGGAGGGGGAUAGCGGGACAGUGCGGCCGCCGCCUCGCCUCCGCCCCUGACGAGAGACUCCGGGCCGCGGCCCUUGACCGUCGACGACGGACCCACCACGCUUUACGAUCACCACUAUCGAUCACAAAAAGCGAAUGACUAUUAUAAUAAUAUGUACAUUAUCUUAUCGCGUACAUCUUCCAGUGAUCUACAAUUAAUGAUAAUGAUUUAGUGCUAAGUUAGGUUUAUAAGUAAUUGCUGUACCUUGUCGAGCCACGCACUCGAGAACUCUUCACAAACUAAAAUAUUAAGUUAGGUGGAUCGCAGUCUUGGAAUACAUUCUUGGGUUAUGCUUUCUGAUAGCUUCGGACCUGUAGUUCUAGUGUUAAUUAAAUGUUUCGAUGUAUGAUGUGUUCAAUUAGGAAGAAAAAUUAUUAACAAUUCUCAUUACUACAUACUUACCUUACAUUAUAGGGACCGAUGAAGAGUAUUUAACGUCUCUUUCCACGAAUUGCAUAUUCUUUGUUGCCUUUUAUUAUUAAUACAAAUUUCAAACACGAAUUUAGUUAAAGUAAUUACGUCAUUCCUAGUAAGGUAAAGUUGUUGUCAAAUUAAUGUAACUCGAACCACGAUAGUGUAAAGGCACGUUAUAAUAUGCAAUCACACCGACUUAGUUUCGCCUUUGAUGGGGCCAUAAUUAUUAAUUAGAUUGCCAAAGAGUGAGUAUCAAAGAUAGGUGUCUGGACUGGAACAACACGGUGUCUUUGUUUAGUGGCAUUUCUUCCAAAUUAAUUAAAAAUUCUUUAAUAAAUGGUACGGGUAAUGAUCUGAUGUUCCUAUAUCAUUCGUGUUAAUGUCUGUACAACAAUAGUCGCGGAAAGUGAAAGGACUUAUGUCAAUUCUAUUGUUGUCGAGCUCAAUUUACGCAAGGGUCUUUCUUUUAUCUGUUUAUUGAAAAAAAAAAUAUAAGAUAUAUUUUAUCUGAUAUUGUUCUGUCCACGUCUAUAUCAACAUUUGAAAAUACAGUAGCCUACUGGUGAUUAUCUGAAUUUUAAUAAUUAUGCAGCAAUAAAAAGAAUAAUUUAAUUUUUAUAACAUUUUUCAAUUUUAAAAUUAGACAAGCCAAGUUAACGGAAAGUAUAAUGAUCUAGUGCCCUGUUUAGAAUACGUUGUCCAUAGAGUAUAUACGAAAGAAGUCUUUGCCUUGAGAGUUUUUAGUCGAUUUGAAGUAAACAGUACUUAAAUAUGAUAUUGUAAUUGGCACAUAAUUAUAGGUGUUGUGGUAUAAUGGUGUUAGGUGUCGUCAGGAGAGUUGGGCGGCGUUGCAGGGCGCUGUAGGGCACUCUGGGGAUACUGUAGGGCGCUACGGGGCGCUGUAGGGCGCUACGGGGCGCUGUAGGGCGCUACGGGGCGCUGUAGGACGUUACGGAGCGCUGUAGGGCGCUGCAGGGCGCUGCAGGGCGCUGUGAGCCGCUCGACGCGAGCGGACAUCAAGGUUGUGAGAGGCGGCAUGCGCCGUCGCGUUUACUGAAUCUCCUCUCGGUUCAAUGACUGCGUCAUUAUUUCCUGCACACAAUUGCGCCAUGUGCAAUUUAGUCUGUGUUAUUAUUACGUUGUUGUAUAUUUAUAUCCUACGUCUAAACUGUAAUAUGUAUAUAUUGUGAGAUUUAUAUUCAUAAAAGAAGAUUUAAUACGCUUCACGCUUUCACUUUUAACAUUUUCUUGUGACUUGUUUGUUAUUUAGAAUAAAUUUACGUACCUAAAAGUAAUUAUAAUAAUUAUCAUAGGUGUAAAUGUAAGGACACAAUUAAGGAUUAAAAAAAAAAAAGAAAAAAAAAAACGAAAAAAAAGAAAAGCAAUUAAAAGAAACCAAUGAUUGUGCCUCAAUGAACUGUGGUACGUUACCGUAACCAAUGGCAGGUGUAAUCGUUUCCUUGAAAAAAUUUAUUAUAAAUGAAUUGUGCGCUAGGCACUGCUCGUGCGCUCGUGCGCUCGUGACUAGCUGUAGACAAUAUAAGGCUGCGAGCAGCGGGGCCCGGGCCCAUGCCUUGUGUAAUCAUCAAUGAGCUUAGCUGUGUUUUACUUUUAUUGUAAGUGUUAUGUCAUCAAUCAACAUUUUAUAUAAUGUACCUACUUAUGCGUGUAAAUAUUUUUUUAUAAUUUAUUUUGGUUUUCAAUGAAGUUUAUCCGUAUUGACGUGUAAUUCGCGUUGCUUUUAUCGUCUGAUUCGUUUUACAAUAAUCACGUGAUUCGUGCGAACUGAACUGUUAAUUUGCAAUCUACCUAUAUAACACUCGAAUGCCAAAGUCGAUGUCUGAUUGCCAUCAACGACAAUUAAUGUUCUAAGGAUAACGUGCGGAGAUCUCGACAUCACAACAAAUUUUUGAUCGUACAAAUGGGAGCCAUUAUAUUAAACAGCUGCCGCUUAGGCCGUUGUUCUAUCCAAGCUGCUCUGGUAUUAUUUAGCUCAAGUAUUGAAAUACAUAGUAGUUUGCUCAUAAUAUUGUUGUUAAUUUUAAUUUUUUUUUUUUUUUUAUUAUCUUAAGACAGUUGACACACGAGUUCAGUACGAGAUUAGUUGAGAGCAGGUACGUUGUUACUCACAUGUUCAUAUGAGAAUACUUAUGAUCAGACCAAAACGACAUUAUGUAUACUCCUCUGUUAUACUGGUGCGAGUACUGAACUGGUUUGUCCAAAGCACUAAUUAAUGCUUUCUCUUUGUUUUAAAGUGGAAUCCUAAAAAUAUUAUUUAAUCGCCAAUUUAGCUUUUAAUGUUCUCGAUUAAUUGUAAUGGACACUGUUAACGGUUAAUGUAUAAUACCGGCUAAUUAAAGAGAUAUUAGGCUAAUACCACUCUGCUUUUACCACACCGAUCAGUUUAAGUGUUUCUAUGUAUUGCAAGAAUUUAAAGCAUUUCCAACGCAUCUUGCUACCAUAAAAUCGGUACGUAUCAGUAAUUAACACAUAAGUUUUAGUGUGGCUAUUUGCUAGUUCCUGUUAUUUAAUUUUCUCUUUCAGACAUUUACUUGCUCUUACACUAAUCAGUCAGCACAUGUUACUUAUUUCUAGAUUAUUCUUGGAUAUAGGGACCAAAAUAUUUAUCAUUAUAGUUUCUCUCCUAUGUAUUACAAGCUGAAUUGCCCCGUACUAAAAGACAUAAUUUUUCCAUUGUUGAUACGUUUUGCCGUCUCAUAAAUCUUAAUUACGAAGUUGUAUUAUCUUACGGUAGUGAUAGAGUGUACAUACAAUAUAUAUUCAUGUGGGCCUUUUAAUUUAAAAUAUUUAAGGUUAAAGUUUUGCUUGUUGUCUUUAUUUAUAUAUAUUUUUGUACGUUACGACGUUGACGUCUUAAUACAAUAGAACACAUUAGGUGAUAUCUACAAAGAAACUAGUCUUCCUUAUUUACGGAUUGUGGCGGAGAUGCGACGUCAGCACAAGAGGCAAUCAUUCCUCUAGUCUUGUUAUGUGGUGCGGUUAAGUAAAUACCAAAUAUAAAAUAACGAAGGCUUUCAUGUAGUGUAGAGGUUAUGAUGAUAGGUCGGCCCGAGCAGCUUGGAACCCUGUCAAAUGUUACAAGGGAAUGGUUGGUUAGUAUUAUUAUAAUGCAUUUAUUUCUCUUUUUGUAUAAUAGUCACUCGAAACAUAUAUUUUUAAUUAAUUGAGCUAAUGCCUAAAAUUGGAAUAUCAGAGUUUAUUUAGGAUGUUUCAUAUUUUACAUUUUAGUGUUUAAAUAUCUAAAAUUUACCUUAAUUAUAGUGAAUGGAUUUUUGUAUUAUUGGUAUAUAGCUGUAAGUCAAAGGGUGUUCUUGAUAAACACAAACAACUGAUUAAUACAAAAUAAAAAAAAAUGUACUGAGUGACUUUACGUGAAAACAGAGGGCCAUUGAUAAAAAAAUGUUGAACUAAGCUAAAUUCUCUAUAUGGAUAAUAUCUAAAUGUGAUCGCUGAGAAUAUUUUUAACUGCUAUAUGUAUAGAUAUAGAUCAGUAAGUCAUUUACAUAUAUGUUAGCUCACCGAGCGGUACUUUGAAACGAUAUGCACCGAUGAUUUAAGUAAUGUACUCCAUACAGCGCCGUGCGAACCGAGUCGCUUGUUAGGCGUCGCCACGCGGCCUACC